AUGGUAGUCACACGUGUAGACAUCCUAUCUUUGACACUCACCACCCCUCCAGAUUACGAGUAUCGAGUAUCAUACUAUCCGCUUGCCUAUAUAGAUAUUAAUACGUUGGCGUACUUCUCUCUGUUCUCAGUGGUGACGGGAUGCACGGACGGGAUCGGGCGAAGUUACGCGAAGGAGCUGGCCAGACGCGGAAUGAAAAUCGUUUUGAUCAGCAGGAAUCCCAAGAAGCUUGAAGCUGUCGCUGAGGACCUAAAGGUGGCAUUCGACACGGAGACCCUCAUGAUUCCGGCUGACUUCACGAAGCUGGACAUCUACGACGGGAUAAAGGAGAAAGUGGCCGGCCUGGACAUCGGGGUCCUGGUGAACAACGUGGGGAUGGCGAACGACCUCGACCGCUUCCUCGAUCUCCCAGACGGCGAGAAGACGUUCCAGGACAUGCUUCUGGUCAACAAUAUGUCUAUGGUCCGAAUGACCAAGAUGAUCCUACCUAGGAUGGUGGAGAAAGGAAAGGGGGUCGUUAUCAAUGUCUCCUCAAUUGCUGGCAUCUUCCCGCUUCCUUUCUUCACAGUCUACUCUGCAACAAAGGCAUUUGUGGACAGUUUCUCCCGGAGUCUCGCCUAUGAAUACAAAGACAAAGGGAUUCACGUUCACCUCGUCGGCCCUGGGGCCGUGUACACGAAGAUGGCGGAACAAUUCUUGGAUCGGCCGGGUUUGACGGCACCGACUCCGGAUACCUUCGCUCGUUCCGAUCUGCGCUCCAUCCCCAAAAUCCAAGUUACUUCCGUGGUGACGGGAUGCACGGACGGAAUCGGGCUCAGCUACGCGAAGGAGCUGGCCCGACUCGGGAUGAAAAUCGUUUUGAUCAGCAGAAAUCCCAAGAAGCUUGAAGUUGUGGCUGAGGAUCUAAAGAAGAAAUUCGACACGGAGACCCUCAUGAUUCCGGCCGACUUCACGAAGCUGGACAUCUACGAUGGGAUAAAAGAGAAAGUGAAAGGCUUGGACAUCGGUGUCUUGGUGAACAACGUGGGGAUGGCGAGCGACCUCAACCGCUUCCUAGAUCUCCCAGACGGCGAGAAGACGUUCCAGGACAUGCUCUUGGUCAACAAUAUGUCUAUGGUCCGAAUGACCAAGAUGAUCCUUCCUAUGAUGGUGGAGAAGAAAACGGGGGUCGUUAUCAAUGUCUCCUCCAUUUUCGGCAUCUUUCCGGUUCCUCUCGUGACAAUCUACGCUGCAACAAAGGCAUUUGUGGACAGUUUCUCUCGGAGUCUCGCCUACGAAUACAGAGACAAAGGGAUUCAUGUCCACCUCGUCGGCCCUGGUAUAUUGGGCUUUGUUGUUCUUCACUUGACACGCAGGGCCGUGUACACGAAUAUGACGCAAAAAUUCUUGGAUCGGCCGGGUUUGACGGCACCGACUCCGGAUACCUUCGCUCGUUCCGAUCUGCGCUCCAUCCCCAAAAUACAAGUUACUUCCGGUUAUUGGUUUCAUAACCUCAUGAGGGAGGCUAUACGUUUCAUGAAUUUCGUUGCACCCUACAAGAUGACGAAUAUGAUCGGACAGUUUGUGACAUCGGCGAUGGAGAAAUACAAGGAGAAAUGCAAGAAACAAUAAUCGGAUUCUUGAAUUCCUUCUUUUCUCUCUCUCCCUCCCUCUCCCUCUC